AUGAGAGCAGUGCGAUUAACUUGCACAAAGUGGAACACUCUAUCGAAUAGCAAGAUCUUUACAGAGAUGCACAUUGAUAACGCAUUCGCUCCAGCACAGGAGGAUGAUGAUUCUGAGUCUCACAUGAUCGUGACGACGGAAGAAAAACUUUAUUUAAUGAGCGUCUUGGUCAACAACAAUGUUGAUUUAUCUGUAGAGGAGAAAGGUAAACUAACUUGCCUUGAGGAACAAGUCAAGAUAUCUAAUGUCUAUCACUGCGAAGGGUUAUUGUUAUGCAUCUUGAAAGACGAUGAUACUAAGGUUGUGGUUUGGAAUCCGUAUACGGGACAAACAAGGUGGAUCGAACUCAGAUAUCCUCACGUCUUAUCCUGUCCGAAACGGUUCAGUUGCGGUUGGGAAGGAUUCAGUUACGGUAUCGGAUACGAAGAUAAGGGAUCUUGUCGUAACUACAAAAUAUUGAGAGAAAGGGACGAACAUGAUUAUGGUUGGGGCGAACACGACCACAUAAUCUGUUUUGACUAUACAAGAGAGAGAUUUGGGCCACUUCUGCCUCUGCCUUAUGGAGACUGUGUGAGAAUCUUGUCUAGUGUUAGAGAAGAGAAGCUUGCGGUUGAGUUCAACUAUAAGAAUGGGUAUUCGAUAUGGAUGACGACUAUGAUUGAGGCCGAAAAGGUGUCGUGGAGCAACUUCUAUAAAGAGGACUAUGUUCUGCAUAUAGAUGAUGAUGGUGAUGAUGAUGAUGAUGAUGAUGAUGAUGAUGAGUAUUCAGUCCCUAGUUACAUUCGUGUUCGGGUUCCAUUUGGGGGUUUCUGUAUUGACCAACGGGAGAAAAUGGCCAUUUUUUCUUUCGGCUUGAAAUGCCACAUGGUUGGGGAAGUGGAUCUCAAAGAACAUCGGCGAAAAUGUGUGUGCUGUUAUGUUCCAAGUUUAGUGAAAAUCAAGCAACCUAAAGGAAGCCAAAGGGAGAGAAAACAAAGUGAUUUAGAAAAGCUUCGAUAUGAUGAAAUGAUGUGGAGACUUUCCUACUUUGAAAGGAGGUGCAAAAGGCUUGACCUCGAGUUAGCUAAGAAGGAGGCGUCGACUUGUAAACAAAUCUCAUAUCCAAGAUCUGUUGUACCAGAACAAGCUCGGUCCAUCUCAUUUUUGUCCACCAAUAGUUUUGCCUCUUUAGCUUCUUCGGAUGAUGAGGAAUGA